AUGUUUUCAUCCUUUUGUUCACAGGUUAUUUUGUUGAAUGUUUAUAUACUUUUUGGAAUUAUUAUGUUUGUGAUUGUUGGAUAUAAUCUAGCUGAAAAUAUUUGUGACACAGAAUUUCUAGCUUAUGACACACUUUCCACCAGAGCAGUAGUUGAGGCUCUCUUGACUGCUGUUAUAGAGAUAAAAGACAUCAAAAAAUCCGUCAGUAAUAUAUUUGUUCAUAAGGGUACUAUCAAGGAGGGAAGUAUAGAGGUUGGCGGUGAAGUGGAAGCUACGGUAGAUGCAAAGCUGAGGCAACGAGCUAAGGUUCAUCACACUGCUACUCAUCUGCUACAAGCUGUACUUAAAAAAGUAAUAGGCCAGGAAACAUCACAAGCUGGUUCAUUGGUGGCUUUUGAUCGUCUUAGAUUUGAUUUCAACUUCCACUGGCCACUUUUGGAUAAUGAGCUCAUGGAGAUUGAAGAACUGAUCAAUAGCUGGAUUGAGGACUCUACACUUUUGCAAACUAAAGUGAUGCCUCUAACUGAUGCUAAAAAAGCUGGGGCUAUUGCAAUGUUCGAAGAAAAAUAUGGAGAACAGGUUCAAGUUUCUAUAAAAUCUUUUUUUUUAUGUGUUAUAGAGGUUCCAGGUGUAACAAUGGAACUAUGUGGUGGCACUCAUGUCAGCAGUACUUCUGAAAUACGUGGCUUGAAAAUAAUCUCAGAACAGGUGAAAGCUGAAGAUGUACCAGUCAAGUUAGAAACACUAUUUGAGGAAUUGUGA